GGGUGUGAUCCUGAGGAGAAGACAAGUGUUCAUGAUUGUUGAAAUUGUGACGAUGGUGAGCGUUCCAACAGAGAGCACUCUACACCGAGACGAGACCGGUAGAGCUCUUUAAGUACUUUCAAAAGUCUAUUCAAGUAAGCACUCGUCAAUACAUCAAACCAACACGAGGAUGGCGUCGUCCUGGACUUCGUCCUUGUUUCGCCCUGCUACCACUGCCGCGUCAAUGGCGGUAUCUGCUCGGCGCACAUUUUCAUCUGCUAUUACUGGCGCGGCGAACAACGAAGUGGCAUCGGCGAUGGCUAGGUGUGUUCCAAGAAUAUCUCCAUUUCCAUCCAUGAAGAUGGCAACUUCAACCUCCUCGUCUUCUUCGUCCUCCCUCUUCCACGCUUCCUCUCCUCGAUUCCUUGUUCUCCCGCGUGAAGUCGUUUUUUCCCUUGUCAAGGGCUUGCAGGGGAUGCAAAAUCACUGCUACGGAAAUGCAGCGCCCAGAGCUAUGAAGCAUUUGCAAUUCGCUUAUUGGAGUAGGAUGUUGAGACAUAGACAAUUCCGAACCUUGUGGAUAUCAAGGAUUAACCCAGCAGCAAGGGAAUACGGAGUGUCGUUUUCGCGAUUGAUAUUGGGCAUGCGGAGAGCUAAUAUCCAUCUUUAUGAAAAAGACUAUAACAAGAUUUUUUGAUGUUCCCAUCAUCCUCGGAGGCGAGCAGGUGUCGGUGGGGCUCGUUGGGCAGGAUCCAUAACCUAACCUAACCUAACCUAACCUGACCUAACCUAACCUAACCUAACCUCUUUCAACUAGUUUUAGUAGACAGACUUUCUCUAGCACCACGCGCGGUAGCCUAUCUUCAUCUAGAAAAAAACGCUAGACAGUCUUGUCUGUCCUACCCCAUUGAACAUUUUUCAUUCUCCCGAUCGCAAGAUGUUAGCAACCUUGAUCGAGAGUGAACCGGUUUCCUUCAAAGCCGUAGUGGAUGAGACGAAACGCUUGCUGUAUUAUCCACGAGGGAGGGUCCGGAAGACGAGUCAAUUCUGAGGUGCAGCUGCAGUAAUUGUAAACCAAAAUCAAAUGAAACUUCAGGUCAGGAGGAGUAAACAAAGCUAAUGAUUCGAUGGGUGAAGUCGCAAUAUUGGUGAAAUUUAUAGAGACGAACUGAGCACUGAAAUAGAGGUCUCAUUAAUAACUGAAAAUGAAAUUAUGAAAUGAAAUGCUGUCCGCGUCCGGAACCCAACCACUUGCGGAACGAGUUUUGCUUAGGCGAUCCUUCUCUUUUUCCC